CGGAGCUUGGCAAAAACGGGAGUCGCGUCCUGCUGUGUGUGUCCAGCGGAAAUUGAGUGAAAUACGUGCUAGUUGCGGGCAAAACUGUUUCGGAAGUGUACCACAGUGGUAGCGGAACACGGAUCCGAUCGAGGAAAGGUGAGAUUUGAUCUCUGACAGUGUAAAAAUCUGUCGAAAGUGCGUUCCGAGUUUGAGAUUGGUUGGCUGAAGCUACAGCAGCAAAAAAGAAGAGCAUCGUGUACUGUAGAAGUUGCUGUAUGAGUGGACUGCUGCGGGUGUUGGUAAACUAUCAGAAGGAAAUCGACAACGGGAAGUGUGCGCGGAAAAGACUGUGUUUUUCCUCUUUGGAUCGCUGUUGAGGCAAGAACAAUUUCUAAUACAAUUGUUCCGGGUUUUCGUGUCUCGGAGUAGCUCGGCGGCUUGUGCGUUGGUUUCCUACCUGUCUGAACGAAUAGUUUUCGCUCAAGAUUGGAGAUAAAAUCAUCAAACUAGAGCACCUAUUGCCCGCUACCAGUUUAGUAUCAGCGUUGGGACAUGUGUACUGUCCUCCAAGUCGUUUUUCACUUGCGUGUGAAUACACAGUUACUAUAGGCUGCCCACACUCGGCUGAGCAGAGGCCGACGAAUCAGAGAAAAAGAUAAAAAAAAAUCGAGAAAGUGAAACUCCAACAAAUACGUAAAGAGUGAGAGUGCGAAAUAAUAAUUAGCUCAAGCAACGCAAAGUUUAAAAAAAUAUUCUGCACAUAUUUUGACCCGUUGGCCGUCGGCGAAAUAGAUCACAUCGUCAAAAUAUUGUCAAUCAUAAUGUAAUAAAUAAUGAGAAAAAAAUUAUUGUGAGUGAGGGAGGCAGAAGAAAAACAAAACCACACAAGCAAACAGAAGAAGCACAGUUCCCCAAUCCGCGCGGGUGAAUGCGUGCCACAGUGUAGGUGUUGUUCACUUAUGUUUUUGUGUGGUGUUUGUGCAGGCGAGGAAAAUUUCCCUUCAGUAGUUAGUUUUAUCAUCGCACUCUGCUGCUAGUGUGUGCGAGCGCUAAGUAGACACCAGCUAGCCGUGAGCAGCGGCAAAUCGGCGUUAAGACAGAGUGAAUAACCACCAAUCCAAUCCCCUCGAAGGGAAAGCAGAAAGAGCACUACACCGCACCGCACGAGGGGGAUUGGGAAAGCGCGGAAAACAACCCCACGGCCACUAUGACAACAAACAUGUAUCGGGUCGGAGACUAUGUCUACGUGGAAACAUCGUCGACGUCCCCGUACCAGAUUCGCCGAAUCGAUGAGCUCAACAAAACACCGAACGGAAACGUUGAGGCAAAAGUGAUGUGCUUCUAUCGACGGCGCGAUCUACCCACACCGCUCGUGCAAUUAGCUGAUAAGCAUCAAAUGGCCACGUCCGAAGAUUCCCCGGUAGCGAUGAAGCUGAAAAAGAUGUGGCUGAAAACACCGGUCGGUGAGGAACAAGCCGCGCAAGCCGUACUAGAUCCUGCCCUAGUUGCUCUCGAGGAGGAACGGAACAGCCCCUGCACCGGUGGAGGCGGUGGAUGUGAACGUGUGGAGCAGCUGAACCCGAAGCAGCGGCACCAGAUGAAGCACCGUGAGCUGUUCCUAUCCCGCCAAGUCGAAACCCUGCCGGCCACCCAAAUUCGGGGCAAAUGUUCGGUCACGCUACUCAACGAGGAGGAAUCGUUGCUCAGUUAUCUGAACAAAGACGAUACCUUUUUUUACUGCCUGGUGUUCGAUCCGACGCAGAAAACCCUGCUGGCGGAUAAGGGAGAAAUUCGUGUCGGGAGUAGAUACCAAACGGAGCUGCAGUCAUUGCUGAAGGACGGGGAGAAGUACGAUCGUAAUCUCGAAGAUAUGGAAACGUUGGUGUGGACACCGUGUCAUUCGCUUACCGAUAAGAAGAUCGAUCAGUUCCUGGUGGUGUCACGUUCCGUUGGUACCUUUGCCCGGGCACUUGACUGUACUAGCUCAGUUAAGCAACCGUCCCUGCAUAUGUCGGCUGCGGCCGCUAGUCGUGAUAUUACCUUGUUUCAUGCGAUGAACACCCUUCACAAGCACAAUUACUCGAUAGAGAACGCCAUGUGUUCGUUAGUGCCCUCCAGUGGGCCGGUGCUAUGCCGUGAUGAGAUGGAGGAGUGGAGUGCUUCCGAGGCGAAUCUGUUCGAAGAUGCGCUGGAAAAGUAUGGCAAAGACUUCAACGACAUACGAAACGACUUUCUGCCCUGGAAGACGCUCAAAAGUAUAGUGGAAUACUAUUACAUGUGGAAAACGACGGACCGGUACGUGCAGCAGAAGCGAGUGAAAGCGGUGGAGGCCGAAUCGAAGCUGAAACAGGUCUACAUUCCCAACUACACCAAACCCAGUCCGGCACUGAUAACGAACAACAACAAAAACAUCCUGAACGGUAACUCGAAUGGCAGCGGCGGCGUGGAGGUACUGACGAUAAGUGGUGGACGGCCGUGCGAAUCCUGCUCGACGCUUGCGUCGCAACAGUGGUACACGUGGGGUCCAUCGCAUCUGAGCUGUCGGCUGUGUCAGAGUUGUUGGAAUUACUGGAAGCGUUACGGAGGCCUUAAAGUAGCAUCGCGAUUAGCGGAUAGUGGUGAUAUCGAUACGACGGCAACAACGGGAGCUCCCGCAGCACCCGGAGCAGCACUACUGAAAAAGCAACGAGGCGGCAGCGGUUUCGCAUCCGGAACCGGCAGUACAGGAAGCGACAUCGAUGAUGAUCUGACGAUUGUAGCCAGCAGCGGGCCUAUCGGUAGUCUAGGGGCCGAAGGGCUGAGCAAUCAUCGGCCGCAUAGUCCAUCCUUUAAAUGUUCCAUCGUCAAUUGUGGCAAGGAGUUCAAACUAAAGGUUCACCUAGCCCGGCACUACGCGCAAUCACACGGAAUUCAGAUCCGAUCCGGAUCACCUCGGCCCAUUAUGAAGACGCGAACAGCAUUCUAUUUGUUCACCUCACUGAAGACUCGGUUAUCGAGGCGUCUGUGCCGGCAUGUUAUACGUGCGAAGAAAGCCGCACGGCAACCAUCGUAUGCAAUUAACACUGCGGCUGUGAAGCAAGAAUUUGCCACAGCCGAGGUAGGCAAGAGCGUUGCCGAUAUGCGCCGACUGUUGACCUACAAAAAACGGGAACGGGGCAGUGUGACGCAUAUUGCCAACCGACUUGGAAAUCCCGGAGCAACCGUUGGCGAUUGGCUUAUAUUGACUCCGAAGGACAAGAUGCCAAAGCCUGAUGUGGUAGCAUUCCCUAAACCACCGAAAGCUCCCGAUGGCAGUCUGUUGUAUGAACGGAUACCAAAUAAACCAGAGGCUGAAAAAAUUCCACUGAAUCCGGUUGUGGUACCCGCUGGUUGUAGUCCGGGACCGGGACUGGUAGGAGUUCCUGCUGUUACAGUGAAUGCUAUUGGAGCAUCGACAGCAGUGACAGUACCGACAGUGGCUGGUGCUGCCGCUGCUGUUCCCCCGGUUAUGCCCACAUUGGGUAGUACAGCAGGCAUAACACCCGGCCGAGUCACGCCUAAUGCUAGUGCUACUAGCAUUCUGCCCGUUGGAAGCAAUACCAACUCACCUGCAUCACUGAAACGACGGCACUACGAAGAGGCCAAUGGAAUCGAUGGUGUGGUAGCACCACCUACAAAACGGCCCAACAAAGAUCCAAUGCCGUCACAUCGGCCGACGCCUGAACAGUAUGCAGCUAUGAUGGCAGCAGCCCAGGCAGCGGGACAACCUCUACCACGACAUCAUAUGAAUGGUAAACCAAAAAUUGCACAAAUGACUCGAACCGGUUCUGGCCGAAAGCAGGUCAUUAGCUGGAUGGAUGCCCCUGACGACGUGUACUACCGAUCAACCGAAGCAAGCAGGAGAACCCGCCGAAAGAUUCCCAUAACCGAAUUGCGACGCUCGGCACGGAAACCUUGGCGUAAUCUACAUCCGAAGUAUGCAGUCAUUAUCGCUACCCUGCUGCCACCGGUUACUCCCGUUUCGGCUGCCGCUGCUGCUGCCGCCGCAGCUGCUGCAGUUGCCGUAUCCGGAAUUCCUCAAACAACCCCGGCACUCUCGUCUCAGCUAACGGCUCAAUUAAACGCGAGCGGUCAGAUUCCGCAGUCUGCAGUUGCUGCCACGGCCGCUGCGAAUAACCUUAAUCUCAAUCUCAACACUAACCUUGCCGCCGCUGCCGCACUGGCCAGUGUUCAUCCGCUGGCGGCUCAACUGGCCACUGGCAAUAGUAAUAAUAAUAGCAUCAGUAAUAACAGCAGCAGCAGCAACAGCAUCGGACGCACCAACAACAACAAUAGCAGUAGUAGCAAUAAAGCAAACAGUGAUCUACAGGUUGUAAUCCUAGACUGACCCGAACCUCCGACACACUUGCACCCGAAUCAACGACUACAACAACAACAACAACAACAGAAUGCACACACGACGCCGUCACAACAACAGCAACAACUGCAGCCACAGCCGCCGCCCCAUCCAUACACGAUGGAAGCACUGCUCAAUUAAGUCGUAUAGUAAACACAAAACAAGUAAUGCAAGCUCUAAUUAUUGAAAGUGAAAGAAAUCGUUUUCGUUUUUUCUUUUCGAUUUUAUUCUAAUUUUAGUGCGCGAGGGCGUUUCCAAAAAGCGCCUCUAAAAUACUAUUUAAAAUAAUACAAUAUGUAAACUAUUGAUGCUCUGUGAGACAAACAGUAGUAGCGAAAAGAAUAGGGGAAUAGUACUAGUAACAAAUAGGCGUUGGUGGAGGAAAUUCUAGAGAAUUUUCUCGCCCGCGACCUGCGAGAGUGAAAUACUGCAAAAUUACGCUAUUUCUGCAUGCGUAUGGCACAAGUGGAAUGCAAGAGAGUAAUGCCCAGGAAGUCCUUUGUGCAAGGACGGACACGUAGGGACAAAAGAACAAGAAGAAAAAAAAAACAUUGUGAGUUAAGGUAUAUUUUUUUUUUGUAAAAUGUAAAAUACAUCGCUCCCUCUUAAUUAAGAGUAAAUUCUUAAAAAUAAACACUGCAAAAAAUGAAUGCAUUCAAAUUCAGAGAAAAAAAGAAAACAAAAAAUAACGUGACGUAAACGCGAAACUGAUGAUAAACUAAACUCAAUUUACUUUAUAACAGAAAGCAAAACAAAACCUUAGAUGAAUACAGCAGAGAAGGAAGCAAGGUACGUGCAAAAAGUGAAACGAAACUGCUGGUGAGAAGGAGUAUCAUUGAUUUUUUCACCUCUGAUGAAAUCUUUCUCUCUUUCUCUUUCACGAAAAAUAUACAAGUAACACUUG